AUGGUGGUGGUGGAAGAUAGAAGCAUGGAGGAAGGUCUUAUUCGUCAGAGGCACCAAAACGACAGAAAUGAUCGUCGUAUCACUGCUUGUGUUAUCCUCAGCACUUUUGUCACUGUUUGUAGUUCCUUCAGCUUUGGCUGUGCUAGUGGUUAUACUUCAGGCUCUGAGACUGCCAUCAUGAAAGAGUUAGACCUUUCUAUUGCAGAAUUUUCGGCGUUUGGGUCCUUCCUGAAUUUGGGAGCUGCAUUGGGGGCUUUUUGCAGCGGUCAGCUGGCAGUCACCCUCGGCAGAAGACGCACGUUGUGGGCCUGCGAUUUAUUCUGCAUUUUUGGUUGGCUAUUCAUUGCUUUCGCAAAGGUCCCUGUCUAUCUUGCGGAAAUCACUCCUAAACAUGUUCGUGGUGCAUUGACUUCUUCAAACCAGCUUUUUCAAAACUGUGGACUGUCCCUUAUUUAUUUUUUUGGGACUGUUAUUAAUUGGCGAGUACUGGCUAUUAUAGGUGCUGUUCCAUGUUUCAUUCAAGUGAUCGGUAUAUACUUUAUACCGGAAUCUCCAAGAUGGCUGGCUAAAAUCGGCUCAGGUAAACAAGUAGAAAAUUCUUUGCAUCGUCUUAGAGGAAGAGACGCUGAUGUUUCAGGUGAAUCAGCUGAAAUUCAGGCUAUGACAAAAAUGCUUGAAGAAGAUUCAAAGUCGAGUUUCUGUGACAUGUUUCAGAAGAAGUAUAGGCGCACUCUUGUGGUAGGAAUUGGUUUAAUGUUGAUACAACAAUUAUCUGGAGCUGCUGGACUCACGUACUAUUCAAAUGCCAUAUUUAGAAAAGCUGGCUUUUCAGAGACACUUGGGUCAAUGAUAUUUGGUGUGUUCGUGAUCCCAAAAGCCUUGAUGGCUGUAAUUUUUGUAGAUACAUGGGGAAGACGACCACUCCUAUUGGCUUCUGCUGCUGGAAUGUCCAUCGGAUCCUUGCUUAUUGGGGUUUGCUUCACGUUACAGGGAAUGAAUAUUCUUCCUGAAUUGACUCCAGUGUUCGUCUUCGUAUUCAUUCUGGUCUACUUUGGAUGUUUUGCUAUCGGGUUAGGAGGGCUUCCCUGGGUCAUUAUGUCUGAGAUUUUUCCAGUAAAUAUUAAAGUUUCAGCAGGGACAAUUGUGGCAUUAACCUCAUGGACCAGUGGGUGGUUCGUUAGUUACGCUUUCAACUUCAUGUUUGAAUGGAGCGCACAAGGUCCUUAUUUUCUCUACUAUUUCUCAAUUAAUUUGAAAACCGAUUAA